AUGGCCCCCUCCUCCGACGAGACCGUUGAGACUAGUACAUGUGCUCCCUACACAUCAAAUCGAAGAGCAUGUCGUAACUUGGAAACCAUCGAGGUUGUGUGCUGUGGUGAACUAAGGGAGAUUUUUUCAUCUGAUCCAGGAGUGCAGCAGCAAGAACAUAGAGAAUUCCCGAGGUUGAAGCGCAUCUAUCUGUAUGAGCUACCCAUGCUACAGCACAUCUACGGGCACCAUAUGUUGGCGCCUAACCUCGAGAGACUGAAGAUUAGGGGCUGCUGGAGCCUUAAGCGUUUGCCGGCCGUUCGACGACCCUCUCGUCACCGUCGUAGAGAAAGCAUGCACAGAUCUGAACGAACCAUUUACAGCUAUGAAUUUAACGAAGAAGAGGCUCAGACGCUGCCGCAGUGA